AUGUAACCGCAAAUUGUUGAUGAUUGUCUUCUUUAAUAGGUAUAAAUUUAACCUAUAACAUAGUUGAGACGCAUCUUUAGUUUUCCAGUCUUAAGUAGAAACAAUUUUCUAUUGAAAAAAUUUGAUUCCUCCACUGGGUAUAUUCGUCUUUCUUGUUUAGCAAAAGAGAAUAGCUUUAGGUAAUUUUUAGAAUAUCCAAAUGGAAUGCAGAAUUUAGUUAAUGUAUAUAAGUUUAACAUCAUUCAAAAUAGAUAUUAAUUCAAUUCAACUAUACCAAUUGGGUUUAUGAUCAAACCUUUAGUGCAGUGUCUCCAAUCUUUACAAAGGAGAGAAAAUAAGUUUAAAUUUUGAUUAAGAAAAAUCAAGUAGAAGAAUUCAAAAAAUUUUUAUAAGAAUUAGAAGUUAAAUAAGAAUGGGAACCAAUGGAAGCUGAAUAUGUUCCAAAUAAAGAUAUGAUUAAAUUAUUCAUUGUUUUUGAAACUUAAGAAGAUGCCUAAUAUGGGUUUAGCAAAAUAUCACAAUCGAAAUCAAUUGUAAAAGAUCUAUAUAAUUAUAUAGUAUGGCAUAUAAAAUGCUAAAAUGGAAGAAGUUGAUUAUUUUGUUAAAUUUUUAAGUAUUGUUACAACUAAACAACUAUAAUUUUAAGAAUAAAGAAUUAAUAACAUGAGAAAUUAUGAUGAAACUCAAAAUUAAUUUCAGAUUCAUUAAUAAUAAUAACCUCAAUAAUCUUAAAAUAUUUAAUAAUAAUAAUAAUAUUAACAAUAAUAUUAACAAUAAUAAUAAUAAUAAUAAUAAUAAUAAUAAUAAUAAUAAUAAUAAUAAUAAUAAUAAUAAUAAUAAUAAUAACAAUAAUAAUAAUAAUAAUAAUAAUAGUAAUAAUAAUAAUAUCAACCUUAAUAAUAACCUUCAUAAUAAUAAGAAUAAUAGUUUUUUGAUUACUAAUCUUAAGAUAUUGUUAGUUAAAGAUUGAAUUAAAUAAGAACAAAGGAGAAAGUUGAAUUAAAUUUUGCUCCAUUACAAGAACAAUAAUUUUAAUUUUCCUUUGCUCCAAUAUUUUAUCCAUAAUAGAUAGAAACACCUUAAGAUUAAUAAAUAGUAGCUGAAUAAGAGGCAAUUUAAGUUGAGGAAAUUCAGGAAUAACCAAUAGUUGAGUAAUCUUCCCAAUAGGCAGAGUUAAAAUAAGGAAGAGAAACAGAAUCAAAUAAAGAAAAUUCUGUUGAGAGAAAUCAUGGUAGAAAGAAUGAUGAAGGAAGAAAUGAAUAGUAUUAAAAGCCUUAUUACUAAAAUAGAUACUAUGUAUAAAUUUAUGAAUAUUUAAUUAUAGCAAAAUAGAAGGCCAUAUAAUGAUUCCCAUUACAAUAAAAAUAAGUAUUAUGAAAAUGGAAAUAAUAGAAAGCCAUAAUAAAAUUACAGUAAUAAUAAAUACCUAAAUAGCUUAGAUAAAUUGGAAGAUGAUUUGAAAGAGUUUACGGGAUAUAAAAAAUAUUAAUAAAGACCUUAAAAAGAGUAUUAUGAGCCAAAGAAGGAAUCCUGA